AUGACUAGCUCACGAGGUGACGGUGCCCCAGACUCUCUACCUCGGAGAAGGCCCAACUUCUCCACACGCACGCCACAGGAAGAUGAGUCCAGGCUGGACCCAAGCGAAUCUGUCACCGCUUCUCCAGAGGAGACUGCUAGGUUACUGAAUUGGCAGUCGACCGCGCCAGUUCAAUCUUACGGAACCGUACCUUCUCCCAAAACGAAAUCUCGGCGCUAUUCGUCAGCAUCGAAGCUCCUCGGACGCCUUUCGAGCUGGUGGAGCAGGACAGAGAAUAACCAUGAGGUACAAGGCCAGUACAGCGGAGGGGAGAUACCAGGAAAUUCAGUACCAGCUGGGCCUUUCAGAGAUGCGGCCGUCGAAAUUAGACCUGGGAAUGGUGAAAAGCAUCGCCCAUCGGAUGGCUCUGAGAAAUUCGGGACCUUCUCAGGCGUCUUCGUACCGACAACCCUGAAUGUUUUGAGUAUCCUUAUGUUCCUCCGGUUCGGAUUCAUUCUUGGGCAAGCUGGUCUUCUUGGGAUGCUCGCACUGCUGGCAAUUUCCUACACAAUCAACCUAGUAACCACAAUGUCGUUGUCUGCCAUCGCAACUAAUGGCACAGUCAAGGGAGGAGGAGCUUACUAUCUGAUAUCAAGGUCUCUGGGUCCUGAAUUUGGCGGCUCUAUCGGGAUAGUGUUCUAUCUUGGCUCUGUGUUAAAUACCGGCAUGAAUGCCGUUGGCUUGGUUGAUUGUUUCACAGAGAACUUUGGUACGCAGUCGGGCACUUGGUAUAACUUCCUUGAGGAAGGGUUCUGGUGGCAGUACCUCUGGGGAACAAUUAUACUAGUCCUUUGCACCGGCAUAUGCUUGGCAGGCAGCUCCAUUUUUGCACGAGCAAGCAACGGAUUGCUUAUCACACUGCUGGUUGCAACGCUCAGUAUACCGGUCUCAGCCAUUGCCAUGAAACCAUUCAGCGUGCCAAAACUGGGUGUCCAUUUCACUGGAAUCCGCCUGCAGACCUUUUUGGGGAAUCUCAAGCCUAACCUGACGAAGGGGGCAGCUGGCAGCCAAAUUCCCGGGCGAGAGACUUUCCAAGACCUCUUUGGCAUUUUGUUUCCUGCGACUGGUGGAAUCUUUGCUGGUGCAAGCAUGUCGGGCGAUUUGAAAAACCCUAGCAAAUCAAUCCCAAAAGGAACUUUGUACGGGCUGGCUUUGACCUUUGUUUUGUAUGCUCUCGUGAUAUUCGCAAUGGCGGCUACUUUGACAAGAGCCUCGCUGUAUAACAAUGCCAAUAUUGUUCAAAUCGCAAACCUAUCAGGAGUUGUGAUUCUCUUGGGUGAAUUUGCAACGAGCUUUUUCUCUGCCUUGAUGGGAGUAAUUGGGUCCGCCAAACUACUACAAGCCAUCGCUAAAGAUAGUCUGCUUCCUGGUCUGAGCCUCUUUAGCAAAGGCACCAAGGAAAAUGACGAGCCCGUCCGCGCAAUCAUCGUGACAUUCGUCGCCGCACAGCUCACUAUGCUUUUCGACAUCAACCAGAUCGCGUCGUUCGUCACCAUGGCUUACCUCAUGACGUUUCUGGUGAUGAAUUUGGCUUGUUUCCUGCUCAAAAUCGGAUCAGCCCCCAAUUUUAGACCUUCCUUUCACUACUUCAAUUGGCAGACAGCUGCGCUCGGUACUGUGGUUUGUGGAGCCAGCAUGUUUUUCGUCGAUGGGGUGUACGCCACCGGCUGUUUCGGUAUUUUGAUUACUUUGUUUCUUCUGAUUCAUUACACGUCUCCUCCCAAACCGUGGGGCGAUGUGAGCCAGAGCUUGAUUUACCAUCAAGUUCGCAAGUAUUUACUACGCCUAAAGCAGGAACACGUCAAGUUUUGGAGGCCCCAGAUCCUUCUUUUUGUGAACAAUCCGGAUGAUGAGUUCAAGCUGGUCUCCUUCUGCAACUCGCUUAAGAAAGGCGCACUGUUUGUACUUGGCCACGUCCUCGUGACUGAUGAUUUCUCAUCUACCGUCCCCGAAGCACGCCGUCAACAGAUUGCUUGGACGAAGUUCGUCGAGAAUUCUAGGGUCAAAGCCUUUGUGAAUAUUGCAGUAUCGCCUGCUGUUGAAUGGGGAGUCCGAAAUGUGGUUCUGAACUCUGGCCUCGGAGGAAUGCGGCCAAAUAUAGUCAUCAUUGACCAGUUCCGCGAGGGAAAAUCGCUUGCCGAACCCUUCCACCAUAAACGCCAAUAUCACCAUAUGACACCUGAUACCCCAAGGCCCGACACAUCAAUCAUAUCGGCAAGCUGCCAGACCUACAUUACAGUAUUGGAAGAUCUCUUGUUCCAACUGCGUAUAAAUGUCGCAGUAGCAAAAGGAUUUGAAGACCUAGAGCUGCCUGGGCAAGACGGCUCGCAUUCAAAAAAAUACAUUGAUCUCUGGCCAAUUCAGAUGUCUGCUGAGCUCAACGCGAACAGUGAGACGAAGCGGAAUAUCCUAACGACUAACUUUGACACGUACACCCUCAUUCUCCAGCUGGGAUGUAUUCUCAACACGGUACCUUCGUGGAAAAAGACAUACAAGCUGAGGGUAGCAGUCUUUGUCGAAUACGAGAUAGACGUCGAGGACGAGAGAAAACGAGUUGAAGCUCUUCUCGAGAAACUGAGGAUUGAAGCAGAAGUCCUCGUCUUCUGGCUUGCAUGUGGUGACUUGAAAACGUACCGCAUCAUUGUUAAUGGAGACACCUCUUCGCAAACUCGGGAUCAUCAAAGGGACAUUAACGAAAUCCUGAAGGAUGAAGACUGGUGGCAGGACGUCCAGCAAGGCCGAAGGAGCUCGGAUUCUUCGGAUCUUAGCGGAUUGAACAAGGCCGGAGGGCGGCUUGAUGAAUAUCGUCACCAAGCACGCUAUCCCCUCGCAGGUGGAAUAAGGAAACUGAUGCAAUCUUCGAGGCGACGGCGGUCCAUAUCUAGUUUCAGAAGCAUGAGGGGCGUCAAUUUGGGGAUGCAGACGCACCGGCUGCUUGAUGCUUUCGUUGAGGACGACAGUACUCCUAGUGAUAGUAGCGAGGAUAGCGACUCGGAUGAAUAUGCGAGCGGUGAAGAAGGACGAAUGGAUGGUAUGCAUGGAGCAGCGGUCUCUCAGGGGCAGGAUCGGCCUCUGGAAUCGGAGUCCAUUAGGCAGGGGGGUGCUGGAGAGGAUAACACGAAGCCCAAUAUUCCUUCCAUCAUAGCUACCGGUGAAGGAGAGACCCCUGGAGAACCGGCAAACCGUUCACGGCCAGCUUUAAGCCGUUCGGCGUCAAGUAAUAGGUUUAGCUCUUCGCCGAUACCUGAAGCGCAGGUCAACACUGAAGAAGGCGCUGGCCCGAGCAUCAUGUUUGCUCCGAAUUCGUCGCCCCCUCGGUCCUCAAAGAAGAACGAUUCUAUCUACAAGCGACGUUCACCCUCGGUCAACUCAGACGCAGCAAGCGCUUCAGGAUACCCACAACAGGCCUCGGUCCCACUGUCCUUUAACGAUCUUCCCAGCCGCGCACAGCAUCUGAUACUGAACGAGCUGAUGGCCAAGCAUAGCGGAGAGACCGCCGUCAUUUUCACCACACUGCCCUCACCACUCGAGGGCACUGCGGAGAGUGAGGAGGCCAGCCAGUCUUAUCUGAGCGACCUAAGCCUUCUAUGGCAGGGCUUGCCUCCUUGUUUAUUGGUUCAUAGCAACAGCAUGACCGUGACGCUUAAUCUUUGA